UCCGUCUUACGGUGGUUUACGAGUUGUGUUUGCGACGUGUCCGUGGGGCAGCAUGCAGUGUAGUCGUGCUCUGAAUAGACUUUCGCUUUCUCCUACGGCCAUGCUAUUUUGAGAACUUUGAAAUCUUUCAACGCCCCCGGCAUCAGAACGUAUUGUGUCAUAAACAGCAGCUGUUCUGUCACAGUCCCCGGGAACUUCGUAUUAGUCGCUGGGUGGAUGGCGUGCUGCGUCGAUGCACUUCCAAAGGUCACUUGCCCAAACCAUGCUGAUGCCCUUUUGGUAGAAGAUUAUAGAGCUGGGGAUAUGAUCUGUUCAGAGAGCGGAUUGGUAGUGGGUGAUCGCGUUGUUGAUGUUGGGUCUGAAUGGAGAACAUUUAGCAAUGACAAAGCUGCUAAAGACCCUUCUCGAGUUGGAGAUGCACAAAAUCCUCUCUUAAGCGGCGGAGACUUGACUACAAUGAUUGGCAAGGGGACUGGCGCUGCAAGCUUUGAUGAAUUUGGAAACUCCAAAUAUCAAAAUCGCAGAGCAAUGAGCAGUUCUGACAGAGCAAUGAUGAAUGCUUUCAAAGAAAUAACAACUAUGGCGGACAGAAUUAACCUUCCUCGCAACAUAGUUGAUCGGACUAAUAACCUAUUUAAGCAGGUAUAUGAGCAAAAAAGUCUAAAAGGGAGGAGUAAUGACGCUAUAGCUUCUGCAUGCCUCUAUAUCGCCUGCAGACAGGAAGGAGUCCCUAGAACAUUUAAAGAAAUCUGUGCUGUAUCAAGAAUUUCCAAGAAGGAAAUUGGCAGAUGUUUUAAACUCAUCCUGAAAGCUCUUGAGACAAAUGUGGAUUUGAUAACUACUGGAGACUUUAUGUCCAGGUUCUGCUCAAAUCUGGGCCUUAGCAAACAGGUGCAGAUGGCAGCUACUCACAUUGCACGUAAAGCUGUGGAACUAGACUUGGUUCCAGGGAGAAGUCCAAUCUCUGUGGCAGCUGCUGCCAUUUACAUGGCAUCUCAAGCAUCUGCUGAGAAGAGAACCCAAAAGGAAAUUGGCGACAUUGCAGGAGUAGCGGAUGUGACCAUCAGACAAUCUUACAGACUAAUAUACCCACGAGCCCCUGACUUGUUUCCUGCAGACUUCAAGUUUGACACACCAGUUGACAAAUUACCUCAACUAUAAACUCCGCUCUGAUUGGUUCUAAAAUAUAUUGAUAUUUUACAACCUUUUUAUUUAAAUGUGUUGAUAUUGAGCCAUCAGAAUAAAAUUGGGUUAUUUGCUGCAUAUUUCUAACUCGACACAUUCCAGACUGGUAUAUCGUGUUUAUACAGGUGCGUUCAAUAUUCCUGUAAGGUAUAUUUGGUUGCUUUUUAUUUCUUUCGGAAGCAGCAAAUAUUUAAAGCCCUGUAAACUGUAUGACAGUUCCCAAAGUGCCAGAUUGUGUUCGCUGGCACAUGAUGGGAGUGUGGUGAUUCUGGUGCCUAGGCCACGAAGGAAAGAAUAUUGGAAUGUUCUUUUGUACAGACUGUCGGCAGAAACCCAGUAUUUCAUUUACUCUUUAUUGUAAUGUAAAGUUUACAGUGAACUUGUCAUUUUUGUGUACUUUUUUAUGAAUGUUGAGUACAUUUUCUAUUUAAUAUAUGCUUAAUAAUGCCAAACGGGGUCCUUUUUAUCUCUGCUUAUUACCACUUACCUGAUAUUAAUGGUAACUUAAGUAAUAGCUGCCAGAAACGGCGGUCUGAAUAAUUAUUGGGGGUUUAAAAUGGUUUGUUUAACUUUGUAAUAUUUUGUUACAAUGCGAAAUCCAAUGUCGCUCAUUUGCAGUAGCAGAAACCUGUUGCCGAGCUUUGUAGUAAAGGAUUUUUUUUUUGCUUUU